CACUGCCCUCCUGAUUGACCUUGCCAGAGACAGAGUUCAGACAAUCACGCAAGGAUAGCAGUCACAUCUCAUAUACCUCACCAUGUUUGGCGUGUUCAGACCCUCGCCGGUCUCCAUGGGCGGUCUCCUCUGGAAAGUUCCCUACCGUCUAUCCCCCACUCGCAAAUCCCGCGUCCGUCUCCGUCUAAAAGCAGUCGACGAUGUAAUCUCCACCGUUCAAGCCAGUGGGGUACACUGUAAAGCCCUAGAUCGAGCAUUAGAGUUGCCAAAGGAGUCGGAGAUGGAGGCAAGGGACAAGUAUACCACGUACAGUCCAAAGGGAAGGGAUUUCAGAAAGGGGGUGCACAAGGUGCCGAAAUGGACAAGACUUACUCUGCGGACAAAUCCAAAGGGAUUCUGAGCCUCUUACGUGGGCUCGCCCUUCCUCUCCGCUCUUACCUCACGACUCUUUCGACUUGCAGAUUUCAACUUGUACCAGUAUCAGUAUAGUACCUUUGACCACGCUUAUUCCAUUGCAUAUCCACAGGGGUGGCCUCGUCGCCUCGAGACUCAUCAGCAGCAGUAUGGGUU